AUUUAAAACAGAGUCACAAAAGAUGCAUUCACUGACUCACAAAUAGCCACACAAAGCCAGCAGCAGGUAUGGAGUGCUUAAUGUUUAACGGUGAGAUGAUUCAUGUUAAGGAGCACGGCUCUAGACACUUGUCCUCGGACGUGGUGAAGGAGCUCAUCCAGCGGUCUCAGGAAGCCAAGAAGCAAGCCUACUGUCCAUACAGCAAGUUCAGAGUGGGAGCUGCUCUACUGACCCAUGACAACUGUGUGUUUACAGGGUGCAAUGUGGAGAACGCUUGUUACAACCUAGGAGUGUGUGCUGAAAGAAAUGCUAUCUCAAAGGCAGUGUCAGAAGGCUACAGAAGCUUCAAGGCUAUUGCAAUUGCAAGUGACCUGAACGACCAGUUCAUCUCCCCAUGUGGUGGCUGCAGGCAGUUCAUGAGAGAGUUUGGGUCAAACUGGACUGUGUACCUGUCCAAACCUGAUGGCUCAUACCUGAAGAUGACUGUGAACGAGUUGCUGCCUCUUUCCUUUGGCCCUGAGGAUCUGUCCAUGAAGAAAGUGAUUGACAUUCCCAACGAGUACUGAGCCUGGACUUUAAUGAAACAAAUACAAGUGUUUGGUAUUUGACCCUUAUGACUAGUUUUGUGUUCAGUGGUGCUCAAAGUGUUUUUGGCAGUUUUAUUUAUGGUAAAUAUUUGUUUCUGUAUGAAAUGUUGAUUGCAACUGUGUCCUAUAUUCACAAUUUACUGUGUACUCAUUGAAGCUUUUCACACCAUUUAGGCUAUUGUUGUAGACUUAAAAUUUCACUAUCAUUAAAAACGUUUACCUACUUA